AUGAAAAAGUUAAAAAGUGACACCAUCAUAAGCCAAGUGAAAAAUAUUCAAGAGUGCAAGAUGUGUUGUAUAAAAAAUCAAAGAUCACUAUGAUUCAAUAGCAGAAUAAAAGAAAAGCUUAAUAAAAUGAAAGAAAAAGACAAUCAUUCAAUACUUAAGCAUAAAUUCUCUUAUAAAUGUAGCAGAAAAUAUCUUAUCAUUCUUUAA